AUGAAGCCCGCGAUCCUGGGUCGCUUUUUCGGCGCGGUGCUGGCUGCCGCCUCCGUGACUACCGCCACCACCAUUGCCGAGAUCAACGGCAACCGGUUCGUGUCACCGCUCAGCGGCCAAAACGUUUCCAACGUCACCGGCCUCGUCACCGCGGCCAACAACAAUGGCAUCUGGCUGCGCUCGCUGCAGCCAGACGGCGACGCGCGCACCUCGGAGGGUCUCUACGUCUUUGGAAACAGCAUUCUCGGCAGCGUCAAUGUCGGCGAUGUCAUCUCACUCAACGGCCGUGUUGAGAUGUACAGAUCCAACAAUAACUACAUUCAGCUCACCGAGCUCAGCCGUCCCACCAACGUCGUCGUCCGCUCCAGCGGCAACCCGGUCAAGCCGCUAGUCAUUGCCGUCGACACGCUCUCGCCCCCGACGCAAGACUACUCGGGCCUCGACGUCGGCGGCAUCUUUGGCGUGCCCAACGCCGUCAACCUCGUCUCCGAGUCCAACCCCACCCUCGACCCGGCCAGCUACGGCCUCGACUUUUGGCAGAGCCUGCUCGGCGAGCUCGUCACCGUCAGAGGCGCCUACCAGACCAGCCGACCCAACCGCUUCGGCGACGUCUGGGUGCGCGGCGACUGGACCGCCACCGGUGUCAAUGCCCACGGCGGCAUCACCAUGCUUGAAGGGGAUGCCAACCCCGAGACCAUCAUCAUUGGCGCGCCUCUCGAUGGCUCCCAGAACCCCAACAACACCAAGCUCGGUGAUUAUCUCGGCGACGUGACCGGUGUCGUCUACAACGCCUUUGGCUUUUACCGCCUGCUGCCGCUGACUGCCGUGCGUCCCAUCGUCGAAGCCAACGCCGAGUUCCCUCCCGUCGCCUUCAACAGCACCGGCGACUGCAGCGGCAUCACCGUCGCCUCGUACAACGCCGAGAACCUGGCCCCGACCUCAGCUCAUCUGCCCCGCGUCGUCGACCAGAUCGUCCACAAGCUGCGCCUUCCCGACCUGAUCUUCCUGCAAGAGAUCCAGGACAACUCAGGACCCACCAACGACGGCGUCGUAUCCGCCAGCCUCACCCUCGGCACGCUCGCCGACGCGCUGCUCCAGGAGUCGGGCGUGGCCUACAACUUCACCGACGUCGACCCCGUCAACAACCAAGACGGCGGCCAGCCCGGCGGCAACAUCCGGCAAGCGUACCUCUACCGCGUCGACGUCCUCGACCUCUUCCAGCCCAACCGGGGCGGCAGCACCGACGCCAACGCCGUCCUCGACGGGCCCGCGCUCAAGUACAACCCGGGCCGCAUCGACCCCAGCAACCCGGCCUACGCCAACAGCCGCAAGCCGCUCGCCGCGCAGUGGAAGGCCAAGAAGGGCGGCAAGGUAUUCUUCACCGUCAACGUGCACAUGGGCAGCAAGGGCGGCUCGUCGACCCUACACGGCGACCAGCGCCCGCCCGUCAACAAGGGCGUCGAGAAGCGCACCAGCCAAAACGAGGCUGCCGCGGCCUUUAUCGCCGAGAUCCUCGCCAAGGAUCCCAAGGCGCGCGUCAUUUCCGCCGGCGACUUCAACGAGUUUGCGCAAGUCCAGCCCAUGCGCGUCUUUGCCGACAAGUCGGGCCUCGUCAACGUGGACGACUUGGUCGGCACCCCGCCCGCCGAGCGCUACACCUACCUCUUUGACAUGAACUGCCAGUCCCUCGACCACAUGUACGCCAGCAGGGCGCUCGGCCGCCGCGCAAAGUUUGAGCAUCUCCACGUCAACACCUGGCAGGACGCGGACGGCCAGGUCAGCGACCAUGACCCGAGCGUGGCGCAGUUUGACGUCUGCGGCUGUGCGUAG